AUGUCUGGGGGUGGUGGAAAAGACAGAAUCGCGGUUUUCCCGUCGAGAAUGGCGCAAACCUUGAUGAAAACUCGUCUGAAGGGAGCCCAAAAAGGUCACUCGUUGUUGAAGAAGAAAGCUGAUGCCUUGAAUCUUCGCUUCCGUGAUAUUCUCAAGAAAAUCGUUGAGAACAAAGUUCUUAUGGGUGAGGUAAUGAAGGAGGCUGCAUUCUCUUUGGCUGAAGCCAAGUUCACCGCUGGAGACUUCUCCCACACCGUUAUUCAGAAUGUUUCUCAAGCUCAAUACCGCGUUCGUAUGAAGAAGGAAAACGUUGUCGGAGUUCUUCUACCAGUUUUUGAUGCUUAUCAAGACGGACCGGAUGCGUACGACUUGACAGGUCUCGGAAAGGGAGGAGCUAACAUUGCUCGUCUGAAGAAGAACUACAACAAGGCCAUCGAGUUGCUUGUUGAGCUCGCCACCCUUCAAACCUGCUUCAUCACUUUGGAUGAAGCCAUCAAAGUUACCAACAGACGUGUCAACGCCAUUGAGCACGUUAUCAUUCCACGUAUCGAGAAUACAUUGACAUACAUUGUGACCGAGUUGGACGAAAUGGAAAGAGAGGAGUUCUUCCGCAUGAAGAAGAUUCAGGCUAACAAAAAGAAGCUGAAGGAGCAAGAAGCCGCUUUGAGAGCAUUGGAAGGACCGCCGGCGGAUAGCGACACACAUUCUGAAAAUCAUGCACCUCGAAACUUGCUCGCUGUGGAGGAAGAUAACUUGCCAGUUCUCUUCAACUAA